AGUACACGUACUGUAGAUGGGUAACGAGAAUAAGGUAAAAGAAAUCGGUAGCGUAACCGGAGGAUUAGUUGUUCGUUCGGGCCGGCCUAUCGAGGGAAAAAAGGAAAAAGACAUGGCUUAAAAGCAAGACGAUCGAGGCUUCAUACCGGUUUCUCCGGUGCUCCGCCCGUUCCCGUAACUAGGGCACAAUUCACGGGGGGUUCGUGAUCGCGGGGGGAACCGAUUUGAUUCUUACGACGGCCCACUUCAUUACCGGUAUGAUACGAUGCUCCACUCCAUUCCCUACAGUACCGGUAUUGCACCCCGCAAAGGUAUGAAUGAGUAUCUGGAACCAUAAUAACCUCUUCCUAAUCACACCCUAUCGUAACUUCCCUGCGUAGUUUUAUUUUUUUGCAAUCGAAUGGUGCCGCCGAUCCCCCUAAAAUAUAAUCUCAGAAACAAAGGUGGGCCACCGAAUACUCAUUCCCCGCGUCAGAUUAGAAUAGCCUUUGAAACCCGGUAGUGGAAAAGCAAGAAGGAAAAAAUUCGCACAAAUCGAAAACCUCCUGCGGUGCAGGUGCCUCGCUGGACACGGAACAUAUCUCCAUGGUAUGGCACUUGUGGUAAUUCCUUUUCUGUUUCCUUUUCAAGGUAUGAUAAUACAAGCAACCUUGCAGGGGGAGAGGUAUCCCAUAUCGGAAACACAACAUCUUUCAUGUUCUCUCUCUUUUGUUUUUCCCCCCUCCCUUUCAGCGCCGAAAUACUCGUAUCAUAUUGUGGCUAACUCCGGAUCAUUGUUAGCCCUAUAUCGCUCGUUGUAAGGCAGAUCUCAAAAUAUCAAGUUCCAUUCGAGUUCCAUGCAGUAAACCAGGUUUGGCCAGGAGAUGCAUUGACACAAGUGGAAGUGCGAAGCGUAUUUUUGAACUUGCUGAACUGAUUACGAACUCCACGCUUUGAGGAUUGUCAACCUUUUUUUUUUUUUUUUUGCUCUCCAAAACGCAGUUGUCGCGCAGAAUCACACCACCCACCCAAUCCACACACACUCUCGGCCAGCACCGGUCUUGUAUCUGAGCUUACUUGCCUGACGGACGCCAGAAUCUUGGGAAACUGCAUGAAGAAUGAAAAAGAAAAGAAAAUAUGAAAUAACAAUGGUAAUGAUAAUUGCGCAGGACCCGCGAAACGUGAAGCUGAGUCAAUUUCACAGGAAGCGAGCUCUGCAGAUAGCCGUAAGAAGCCGCAUUGUGCGAAGUAUAUUGUAAUACAGCACGAUAUGCGUAGGCCGUAACUAUAUAGCGUAAUUAGUUGCUUCGUAGUUGCUCCGCCAAUUAUGUAGGCGUGAUGAUACGGGAGCCCCAGUUGGCCAGUAAGGAAUACAACGGGCGCAAUUAUUGACAUAUAAUUCGCCUCUCGUUGUUGCUCCAGCUAUGUACUGUACCUCAGCAGGUAGAAUUAUCCUUUGCAUCGUGGCUGAUAUUACCGCCAUCUUCUUGCGCCUCUUUCGAGUUACUCUCCUAUGCGUAUCCGCUGCCCUUUCCCGAGCAGUCUGUGGGAGAAGGCGAGGAGAAAAAUGAUAAAGUGAAAACGUGAGGUGACGAUGCUGCAUUCCUGCAUACCCAGGGACCCGGUGGCCGGUCUGGACCCUGUGCGUGGGAUCGCCCGUCAUUCUCCAAGAACCGAGCCCUUGGUGCUUCACCACUGACAUCGGCACUUUUUUUUCUCUCCCCUACCCCUCGAGCCUAUUUCCGGCCGUUUCUUGACGGAGAAUGCCUUUCAAUAGUAUCACUUGCCGUGUCCGUGUCAAGCCUGUUAGGGGUCGGUUGUCAGCUCAAUUAUCCGUUUGUCAGAAGAAAAUUGCCUGCCGUACCUUACAUCACCCCCGGAGAUGUCGAGUGGGCAAAUCAGUACUCGAGUAUGAUACCUGUAUCAUGUUGCCUGGUAGUUGUUGCAGUUUUGUUGCGGGCGCGGGGGUCAGGGUGGGGAAUGAUUUUCUUUUGCCUUUUCGGGCCUAAUUUUCAUCAAAUUUUUUUCCCACGCCUUACCGGUUGGCUAUGAGACCCCACCGGGCUCCAACAACAACCGGCAGCAACCACAGCAGAUCAGACUUCAACAAAUACCCCAACAGUUCGCUUCGAUUUCCUUCAAUGACGCGGGCGAGGAAGAGGACGAAAAAGCCCGGGUCGAUCUUAUUGUCUAGACAUCGCAAUUUGCGAGGUGAUGGGUCAUCAGUCGUGGCUUCAAGGGUCUUAUCCAACACGUCAUCUUUAUCGUCAAAAGUCGGAAGAGCUCUCAUUCGGAACCACCAUACUUUGCAAAAGAGGCUCUCGCAAGCUCUAUCCAAAAAUGAUACCGAAACUGCAAACUCCAUCCGAGCGGAGAUCGAGGCAGACGGUGGGAUUGAGAGGUAUCAGCAGGCAAGCGUGCGUCUACUAUCGUCAUUGUCCCUGGAAUUAUUGUUCAACCCUUUUUUCGCUUAUGCGUGUGAUGUGAUGUGAUGGUCGUGGGGUGUGGGUGUAUACUGUACUUGUUAGUUACCGAUGGGGACCUGGCGUUGAGAGUUUGAUGAGUACUGUACAGGGGGGAGCGUGGAGGGAGGGGGGGGAGGAAAAAAGAGAGAUGAACACUUGAACUGAAUUGUGUGUUUCAUUUACAAUAGGUGUGCGGUCAAGGUAACCAACGAGGAGGGGAUUCCUCGAAGAUAUUGAUCGGUUGGUUAAGGGAAGUUAUUCAAUCGUCGACAAAUAAAAAGGUCACGAACAAAAGACUACGGCUCCUUGAGGUGGGGGCUCUACGCCCUGACAACGCGUGCUCAAGGUCGAACCUAUUCGACGUGACGCGGAUCGACCUCAAUUCACGGGAUCCAAGCAUUGAGGCACAGGACUUUAUGGAUCGACCUAUCCCUACUGCCGACAGCGAGAAGUUCGACAUCAUCUCACUGUCUCUCGUGCUAAACUACGUGUCUCUGCCAACAGCACGUGGGGAGAUGCUCGAGCGGACAACGGAAUUCCUGCGGCACACCUUGUUGGAGGGGGAUCAGGAAGAAGGGCCCAGCCGCGUGACGGAAUCAUUUCCAUCGCUAUUCCUUGUUCUACCUGCUCCGUGCAUCACGAACUCCCGUUAUCUGGAUGAGGAGCGAUUGGAGGGUAUGAUGGGAAGUUUAGGGUACCAGUUGGCCAGGAGGAAACUUUCAGCCAAACUGAUAUACCAACUCUGGCAUCACAUUGGCAAAGCUCGAUCUUCAGGACGACAGAGGGAGUUCAGCAGGAAGGGGGAAGUGAACCCGGGCAGAGCGAGAAACAACUUUGCCAUUCUGUUCCGAUAACUCGCCGCGAGGGGAGGGGGCUGCAAUUGGUCCGUCCAUUUGAAAGUUUUGUGUCAAGUGCUCUAACUAACCCCCAUUUAACCAUUACAGCCAUGUGAAAUUCUCGCCGCGUCAGGUAUCACGCAUCGCCCCAUCGAGCGGCAGUCUGUCGGACCCCCCCUCUCGCAUGCACGCGAGGAAGUUGUAGCUGCCGGAGGAGGUGUGAUACACCAGCAGUUGGGGGGAAACCUUUAUUCCAAAUCCGAACCAUGAUACUCGAGGCAAUUGAGUACCGUAACUGUG